AUGGCAAGCAAAAUUAGAAAAAGAAAUGGUUUCUCAGCGGCAUCCUUUUCCACGCAAGUAGUCUUUUGCAACAUCAGGGGACUGCACAAAAAUUUGAGCGCAGUCCAUUACCACCUGGAAUUUGCGCAGCCGACCAUCGUAUUUCUGACGGAUACGCAGAUAUCCUGCCCGGCGGACACUUCAUACCUGUUAUAUCCCGGCUAUACACUCGAACACAAGUUCAUGAGACACGCUGGUGUAUGCAUGUUUGCCCUGCACAAUGUCUGCUGUCGCCGCCUCCAUGUUCUGUGGGUGCGUGUGUGCCACACUCGUGUCUACGCGUGCCUGUACAGGUCUCAUGGCGGAAACACGGAGACAACCCGGCUCUUCGAACACCUACAAUUGACGACUGACAGAAUCCUGGAGCAGUACCCUUGCGCAGAACUGGUGAUUUUAGGGGAUUUCAACGCCCACCAAGUUGAGUGGCUUGGUUCCCUGUCCACCGACCACGCGGAGAGGUCUGCUCAAGUAUUUUCCCUGGCCUAUGGAUUCCCGCAACUGGUACAUUCUCCCAUGAUAAUACUAGAUAUCGAGGAUCAUACGAGCUCGCUACUGGAUCUCCUGCUGACCACACGUCCGGACGAAUAUUCCGUCUCAGUGAACGCACCUCUCGGUUCGUCCGAUCACUGCCUCGUCCAGACACUGACACCCUGCGCGCAGACCGAUCCACCACGGCCAACCAGCUCGCGACGUGUGUGGCAAUAUAAGUCAGCAGACUGGAACGGACUGCGUGAAUUCUACGCGUCGUACCCGUGGAGGCAGCUCUGUUUCACAUCAGAUGAUCCUGACUCCUGCGCAUCCAGUGUCGCUGAGACAAUACUAGCUGCGUACAAGGCUUGGACCAAGGUUGUAGCUAAUAAGGAUCCGAACGUCUCUGAUGUGAAACGCAAAUUAAACGCUGCCUUGAGGUCCAGUAAGAAAGGCAUUGCCAGGGCUAAGUACGAUUUCGUCGGCAGAAUUGGUGAGAAGCUAGCGGGCUACCCCACUGGAAGUCGCGCAUUUUGGUCAUUUGCCAAGGCUGCCGAGGGAAAUUUUUGUCAAUCGUCUUUACCACCACUGCGAAAAACUGAUGGUGAUCUGGCCCAUAGUGCAAAAGAGAAAGCCGAUCUUCUAGGUACUCUUUUUGCCUCGAUCUCGACCAUGAACGACGACGGUAGUGCCGUGCCGCCCACCAUCCCGCAGUGCGCAUACUGUAUACCAGAAAUUUCGAUCACGCAGAGGGAUAUUCGGCGGGAGUUGCUAUCCAUAAACGUUCAUAAGUCGAGCGGGCCAGACGGUAUACCAGCAGUUGUACUCAAGCAGUAUGCUCCCGAGAUGUGUCCCGUGUUAGCGCGCCUUUUCACACUUUCUAGCACCAAACGGCAUGUUCCAUCUUCGUGGAUGACGGCCCUUGUGCACCUUAUGCCUAAAAAGGGCGAUAGAUCGGACCCAUCGAAUUACAGGUCUAUCAUUGUUUUAAAACGAAUACGGGACUUAAUCGCGUAAUCUUACGUUUAUACUAUGAACGAAAAUCUUGUUGGUUUAAAUCAAUAUACAGGUCUAUCGCUAUUACCUCCCUUCUCUCUAAGGUCAUGGAGCCUAUAAUUAAUGCAAAGCUCCUGAGAUACCUAGAAGAACACGAUCUGAUCAGCGACCGCCAGUAUGGCUUUCGCCACGGUCGUUCGAUCUU